AACAUCGGUGCAGGGGCAGCGUAGCAGCACUGUCCGGAGCAGGGAGGGGGGAGAGAAGCGCCCGUUUCUACGUCGGAACUUUUGUCUGAGAUGGGGGAUGACCGACCCUUUGUCUGCACUGCCCCUGGAUGUGGGCAGAGAUUCACCAAUGAAGAUCAUCUUUCAGUCCACAAACACAAACAUGAAAUGACAUUAAAAUUUGGUCCUGCCAGAACAGAUUCUGUUAUCAUUGCAGAUCAGACCCCUACACCCACACGUUUCCUGAAGAACUGUGAGGAGGUUGGACUCUUCAAUGAGCUGGCCAGCUCCUUUGAGCAGGAGUUUUGCAAAGCACAGGAUGAUGAUCACAGGGUAAAACAUCCAGCGAGAGCUGCACCUUUACAAACACCAUCUGAAGUAAAAGAUGAGGAUGAGGGUCCUUUACAAGUUGACUCUUCCCCUCCUGGAAGUCCAGAUUCUUCCUCCAGCAUGUCAGACAACAGCAAUGAUUCAAUGGAGAUUAUCACAAAGCCUGUGGCGAGCUCUGCCCCAACUCCAACCAUUGUGCGCCCAGGUUCUCUUCCCCUUCACCUGAGUAAUGACGCACUACACCCAACUUUGCCAUCUCCAACAUCUGUCAUCACACAAGCGCCAGCUUCCAACAGACAGCUAGGCUCCCCAACAAGCUCUUAUCCACUAGUGAGGCACCUCCCCAAUGGGCAGACAGUCCCUCUCCUGCCCAGUCCUGCACAGAUGACCUCAGUUAUAUCUCUCGCAAGGACAGUGAACACAGUGCCUAAUAUCCCUGGGAUUCCAGGACCCCCAGUUGGCGGCAUCAGCAGUGGGUCAUCCUCCCCAUCGGGGUACAGUCUGCACUCUGAGACCAAGAUGCGGCUGAAGGCAGCUCUAACUCAUCAGAGCCCAGGAUCACACGAUGGCAGUGGCGGGAGGGCAGGGUCCAUUCCUGCUGUUCCCCAGAGACAGGAACAGAGCCAGCAACCUAGCCAAAACUCUGAUGCACCAUCACCUGCUCAGCCACAGGUUUCUCCUGCACAGCCAACAGGGGGGCGGCGGCGGCGAGCUUCCGAGAUGGACCCUGACGAGAGGAGGCAGCGUUUUCUGGAAAGAAACCGGGCGGCGGCCUCCCGCUGCAGGCAGAAACGAAAGCUGUGGGUUGGUUCUUUGGAGAAGAAGGCAGAUGAUCUCGCCAACAUGAAUGUCUCUCUGACGAAUGAAGUGACCCUACUGAGGAAUGAGGUGGCACAGCUGAAGCAGCUCCUCCUGGCCCACAAAGACUGCCCUGUUACUGUUAUGCAGAAGAAAGCCUCUUUCUUAGCUGCAGGAGGAGAGGAUGCCUCCGGGGAUACUUCCAAUGAACCCAUCGGCUCCCCAGCGGCAGUUAUUCAACACGGACCGUCACCACCUGCCUCAGCCUCCAGCCCAGGGGCCACCAUCAACGGGCUGAGCGUCCGCGCUGCAGAGGCGGUGGCCAUGUCGGUCUUGGCCGGCAUGGGAUCGGGCCAACCGGGAGGGGUCGUCAUGGCAACGCAGUCCCAGUCUUACCCAAGAUGAUGUGCUGACGCAGGUAGCCAGUAUGAACUCGAGUGGCAUUCCGAGGCUGGACUGGUGCAAAGUUUUAAAGAGAGGGAGCCACCCUCAACCCCCCACCCCAGACUAAGAUACCCCCCCCACAGCCAAUGAUAAUCACACAAAGACACACGGCACAGUGCCUCUGUCAGCUCUCCACUCCCCGCAGGCUCCCUGAUCCGAGAAGCUUCGUCACUCUGUGUAUGUAUAUAUGAUAUAUGAAAACAUGUCGGACACUCACUCUGCAGGGUUUUGGGGUCGUCUCGUAUCAGUUAUGAAAGCAGUUUUAUUUGGAUGAACAGUAUGAAUGAAAAAUCUUCACGUCAAAAUCAUCAGUUUGUUUUCAUUUCACUUAAAAUGCAGCUUCAGUCCAACUCUGGCCCACACGCUUGGCUGUGAUGAGGUUGGAUGCUUUCCAGGCUGACAGUUUACUGUAAGAUAUCUUGUAUUUUUCAUUUGUAAGAAAAUAUUUUUAUGCCUGAAAACAUGUCGUUGACAUAAUGAUUGGCUGGUUUGAUUGCAGUAAAAGGCAGCCUGGAAGGUGUUUUUAAAGCUUUUUUUUUGGGGUUUACUUUUAAAUCUGUCCUUUAGUUUCUGUCUAUGUUUUCCUUUUGAGUUAAUUCACAUGAUGGUUUAGUCUGCCUAGUGCAUAAAAAACCAAGUUGUAGAUGUGUACACAGUUUACCCUGUGAGUGUGUGCCUGACUUUUUUACCAUCAGUUUUAACCCAUUUGAAAUGGAUGUUAUUACAUUAGUCAUGUAUGUAUCAAACCCUAUCGACUGCAUGAAAUUAUUCAAGGCAGAAGAAAACCACUGUUCGUUUGUGCUCCAUUAUACUAUCACUGUUUAUUGAUCUGCUUAUAACAUCAAAUUAUUGAUGCAAAAAUUGUCCUGUUCUAUGAGGAUUCCAUCCUUAGUCCUAAUGUAACACACUUGAAAUGGUUAGCUUUAGAUGGCCUCUAAAUGAUAAUCAAACCUACAAGAUUUUAAAUCAUUUACCCAGGCAUUUCAGUCGAGGAAAGAGUAGUGCAAUAUAUUUUUCUAUUAAAUAUCGAUGUUCUUGCAUUUAGCUGAUGUGCAGCCCAGCUGCUGAGAGGGGUUUGGUCCAUUUCAGUUGAAAGCUAAAGUUAUGAGGUGACCAGAGAAAAUGUGAAGAUGUGAGUUCUUGAAUGAAUGAGAUUAGUGAUUAGUGCACAUCUGUAGACAAAUAUAGAUGUCCAGGUCUGGGGUGCUUUCCAACAUUUGAAAAGCUGUCUUGUAUCAUGAAGUAGACUUAAUACUUGUGCAAGGUGCUUCUUUUAAAAAUUAAUGUUUUAAAAUGCAGAUUUAUUUUAUACCACAUCGUACUUCCAAGACUAUCAUGUUGUUUUCCCCUUGUCACUGUGUUGUUGUUUUUUUUUUUACAACAUGUCAUUGUUUUAAGAUGUUUAUUUUUCUCUGUGGGCAUGGUAGACUUUUUUUCCCCCCCAUCAUGUGAUAGUAUGUCCCCUUGUUUUGUCAAAGAGGAUAGAUGUCUUUAAUGUGUUUAACAGAGGUUGAACCACAUGAAAAAAUGUCUCAAACAGAUAUGUGUAUGGAGGGAGUUUCUACAAUACUCAGGCCUCAAGAUGGGAAAAAUGACUUGUGUAUAGGCUCAACUAAUGAAUAAGUUGUCUCGGGCAAAUAAUAAAAUAAAUUAAUGAAAAAGUAAA